CACUGCACUAGAUCUGAGUUAUUUCAUGCCAUGUGCUUGAAUAUGACAAAACCAGCUCUCCUCAAGUUAUUAGUGGUAAUAAUGAUCAUGUUCAUUUUAAUUUUGCCAGAAUAUUUCAAGACAUCCAAAGGAAAUAUUGUGGAAUUAUCCUGUCUUGACAUUAAUUUACUAAAUAAUUUCACUUAUCCAUUCUCGGAAUUCAAUAUUUCUUUUGUGAACUUCCUGCAACAAGAGAGGGAACAUGAGGUUAUUGUUCUGGGAAUUUCUGCAAAGCACUUUCACUUUCAUAAUACAUCUAAGGUCUGUCCAUUAACCUCUCGUGAAUUACAACUGUAUUCUUCAUGUUUGGUGUGUGAAUCCAAAGGAACUAAGGAUUUUAUUCAUCAAGAAUUAACAACAAAAGUUUCCGUAAUGAAUGACUCGAUGGAAAUGAAAGCUGAGAAUUUUCUUCCACUUCAUGUAAUUUCCAACUUCACUGUGGUUCCUGUAGUUGAUGACCUGGGAGGAUAUGACACUACUUGUGUAGUGAAACUCCAUCUCUCAAAUUCUACUGCCGGGAAAGACCCAAUGAAGACAACUUUGCUAAAUAGCUCUCACAGAAGUAUGCAAAGCCUGAACAACUGCAAUCAGGUUUCUCUGCAACUUGAAAUGGAGCCAGGAAAUUCUACUUGUACCAUGAGGAUCACCUGGUAUGUUUUAGUUUUAUUAGUUUUCAUAUUUCUGAUCAUCUUCAUUGCCUACAAAAUAUUCCAAGAAAACAGAAGAGUUUGGACUUGGCAGAAUCAUAGGUACAAACCUGCCUCUACUCUCUUAAAAGGAAAUGAUUCUGAGAAAUUGAGAAGAGUGCUAAAUAUCCAUGUUAUUUCAGGAGCCACCAAGCAGAGGGGGCCCUCCACUUUCAUAGGGGCAAAAGAAGCACUUCCUACCAUAUCAGAACUAGAACAUUUUUUCUACAGUGAGUCGGAAAGAUCAAUAUACACAGAGAGUUAACCUUUUGAGAAAAUCAAAGGAGUAGACUGAAUUUGGACAAUUUGGACUUUACUUUUUGGAAAAUACCUGUGUUUUUUCUUUGUUGGAGAAUAUGCACCCUGCAAAUAUAUUGUAUCUUACUUAGAAUAUACAUGAAAGCAGUUAAAGAACUGAAUGAACUACUGAAAACAUAUCUAAAUAAUAACUAUUGACCCUUAGGAAGAAGGGAAUUGAUAUUUCUUCGGUAAACUGAGUUGUGGAAAAGCUGAUGAAAUACAAGGAAUGAUAAGAGAAUUUUUAUUAUCUUUAUUAAUCACAAUACAGCUGAUGGUGACCUGAAGAUUUCAACUUUGAAGAACCAGAGAUUUAAUUGAUAACAUUCCAAGAAAGAUCCAUGUUUCUGAGGUUUGCUUCUUCUCACAGUCCCAUGAUAACUAGCUUGUUAGUCUUCAAAAACAGUGCAAAUGCCUAAUUCUGUGUUUAGGCUUCUGCCGACUGAUGCAAUGGAAUUGUUCCUACUCGGCAAAUUAUUUAUGGACUCAUCUGUUGUUUAUUUGUAAAUCUAUUUGCAUUUCUAAAUCUCAUCAAUUUGCUUAGAUUCCUUUUGGGCUUUGGGAUAUUUAAAAACCCAAAGAUGCCUACCAAAAAUAAAUUUAAAUUAAAUGCUUUA